AUGGCCGGCGGAAAAGGCAAAUCUUCAGGCGGAAAGAGUUCGGGUGGAAAGACUUCGGCCGAGGGUCCUAAGAAGCAGCAGAGCCAUUCUCAGCGCGCUGGCCUCCAGUUCCCUUGUGGUCGUGUGAAGCGUUUCUUGAAGCAGAACACCCAGAACAAGAUGCGAGUGGGCGCCAAGGCUGCCGUGUAUGUCACCGCUGUCCUCGAGUAUCUGACGGCCGAAGUCCUCGAGCUUGCAGGAAACGCGGCGAAAGACCUCAAGGUCAAGCGCAUCACUCCUCGUCAUCUCCAGCUCGCUAUCCGUGGAGACGAAGAACUGGACACGUUGAUUCGCGCCACCAUCGCCUUUGGUGGUGUCCUACCCCACAUCAACCGAGCUCUGUUACUCAAGGUCGAACAGAAGAAGAAGAGCAAGGCGAUCGAGGCAUAA